AUGACAGUGUUGGUCAGAUUUUGUCUCCAUUUAUUGGCGCAUUUACGUCACGUAACAUCAUCACUGACAAUUACGCUAAAGCCUUAGGUGGAUCAGUUUGCCGAUCGAUCAGUAAUAAAUGUUGGCUGCAAGAAUGCGUUUCGUGCAAUAUUUGCGUAAGGGCGAUCUCGCCAAGCGUCUCGGCCUGCUGGUCGACGAUCAGAAGUCCGUGGUUGAGCUGAGCGGUGUCGAGGGUGUGCCAAGUGACUUGAAAACUUUGAUAGCGCAGAAUCCCAAUUUGGAGGAGCUUGCGCAAAAGGCUCAAAAGCAGCCGAAGCUGGCCUUGAACGAUGACAUCACACUGCUGCCUCCACUCAGCGAGCCGGGCAAGAUCAUUUGCAUAGGCCUCAACUAUAAGGAUCACUGCGACGAGCAGAACAAGCCGGCGCCGAAAGAGCCCAUGUUCUUCAGCAAGUACAACAAUACUUUGGUCGGUCCCCACGACAAUGUGAUAGCUCACAAGGCCACCAAGAAACUCGACUGGGAGGUAGAAUUGGUUGUGGUUAUUGGCAAGGUUGCUCGCCAUGUGGCCAAGGAGGAGGCGUUCGACUAUGUCUUUGGUUACAGCGUUGCCCAGGACAUUUCGGCACGCGACUGGCAAAAGGAGCGCAAUGGUGGCCAAUUCUUGCUGGGCAAAUCAAUGGACACCUUUUGUCCACUGGGUCCAGCUGUAGUGCACAAGAGCCUGAUCAAGGAUGUCUACGAUCUGCCGCUCAAGACAUGGAUAAAUGGCGUUGAGAAGCAAAAUGGCAAUACGAGCAAUAUGAUCUAUAAAAUUGAUGAUGUCAUCAACAGGCUGACAGAGACAAUAACUCUGCUGCCGGGCGACAUCAUCUUGACGGGCACACCCAAGGGCGUGGGCAUGCAUCGCAGUCCGCCGGAGUUUCUGAAGGCCGGCGAUGUGAUCAAGACGGAGAUUGUUGGCCUGGGCACAAUGAUCAACAAUGUUAUUGCACCCUAAGCAAUGCAUUCAAAAAAUUGUUAUCCAUGUUAUUUUUGAAGUAAACGCAAAAACGUUUCGCAUUUAAUUAGA